AGGUUUGAGUUCUCCAAAAAUGGAAAAAUGUUAAUGUAGUGGUGUCGUACGCUGGUUGUGUAGACUUUACAAUGUUCAGUGCAAUAUCGCAGUUAAUUUGACAUUUUGUAAUUGUUAAAUCAUUCCUAAAGCUGCCAUGACUUAAUCAAAUAUUUAAACAUGGCCUUGGUGACGGUUCAAAGAUCGCCUAGCGUCGGGAAUUCUCCUCAAAGCUCGGAUUCUGGCGCUGGAGGAUCGACCGAUGAAGAUGAUUCCGCUAAAAAUAAUAGAAGCCUGAGCGAGUGCUACUUCGCCGGCAAGGGGGCCGCGGUGGUGCUGCCCCCUAACGAACGCCUGGUCACAUGGCCCGGGGCCCGCCAAAACGGCACCGGCGGACCCGAUAUACAGCAACACCUCCAGUCCAUGUUCUAUCUCCUAAGACCUGAGGAAACUCUGAAAAUGGCUGUGAAGCUGGAGAGUGUGCAUGUACAGAGGACCAGAUACCUGGUGGUGGUGUCUUGUAUGGGUCGCCAGGGGGAGGAGAGUUGUUUGUUAGGGAUAGACUGCAAUGAAAAAACUACUGUGGGGCUGGUGCUCAAAGUGCUGGCAGAUACGACCAUCAGACUGGACGGCGACGGGGGAUUCAGUGUGACUGUUUGUGGCAGAUGUCACAUAUUCAAGCCAGUCUCUGUCCAAGCCAUGUGGUCGGCUCUCCAGACUCUACACAAGGUGAGCUCCAAGGCACGCGAGCACAACUACUUCUUGGGUGGAGUGACUCACGAGUGGGUGAGCUACUAUGAGCAGAGGAUCGAGAGUGACCGCUCGUGCCUCAACGAGUGGCACGCGAUGGACAGUCUCGAGUCACGUAGACCACCUUCGCCAGACUGUCUACACAGCAAGCCCUGCGAGAGAGAAGCCACGCGGACUCUAGUAAAAUCUUCUCUCAAAGAGAUCAUGAUGUCAGUGGAUCUCGACGAAGUUACCAGUAAGCAGGUUCGCACUAGACUAGAGGAUAUGCUAGACAUGGAUUUGGGAGAGUACAAGAGCUUCAUAGACGAGGAGAUGCUGGUGAUAUUGGGACAGAUGGAUGCUGCCACUGAGAUCUUCCCUCACGUUUACCUUGGAUCUGAGUGGAAUGCUUCUAACCUGGAGGAGCUCAACAAGAAUGGGGUUUGCCACAUUUUAAAUGUGACGAGGGAGAUUGACAACUUUUUUCCUGGGAUGUUCGACUACAUGAACGUCCGUGUUUAUGAUGAUGAAAAGACUAACUUGCUGAAGCAUUGGGACGACACAUACAAGUACAUUAAUAAAGCUCAAACCCAAGGUUCCAAGGUUUUGGUUCAUUGUAAGAUGGGUGUCAGUCGAUCAGCGUCCGUGGUAAUAGCAUAUGCAAUGAAGGCUUACAACUGGGAUCUCAAAAAGGCAUUGGACUACGUCCAACAGAAACGCAACUGUAUUAAACCAAACACCAACUUCAUUGGGCAGCUUGUGACUUAUCAGGGAAUUCUUGAUGCGAUGAAGAACAAAGAAAAGCUUCAGAGGUCCAAGUCAGAAACCAAUCUAAAAACAAGAGACUGUGUUACAAUACCUAGUGUUACUGCACGUUCUAUCAGUGAAGGAGAGGGGGGAGAGAGGAGAGGUACCAAGGAGAGACUCAACGUGACUGGCAGCGACCUGGCCAAGAUUGGAUGUCGGCCAAAGAGUUGGUCUCCAGAUCAUGCUACAGCUAACCUCCUGUUCAGUGCAACAACAGCUCCUCUAUCACUGUCCAUGGAGCGGCUGGCAGCAGAGAGGCAAUGUGAGGAGGGUGUGUCACUCCCACCUGCUCCACCACCUCUACCUCCCCCACCCCCCGUAGUGGAGGCUCGCAACUACAGUCUGCAUGUCAGGAUGCCCUGCAGCAACGGCCUGGCCUACAGUGUUUCUCAGAACAAGAUACUGCAACUCACACCCUCUAGCUCCGGCCCUGAGUCAGCCACAGUGACGACAGUGAAGCACAGAGUGAAUGCUCUGGAGUCUCAGAACGGCAACUCUACUCCUCAGAUGGGACGAAGGCCUGGCCUCGACCGACGAGGUCUCGUACUCAACCUCACCACACAGUUUGAGGAGGACAAGACCACGUCUUCACCCCCUCCACCACUGUCACAGACAAAAAAAGAAACCUGGGAUCCUGGAGAGACGGUGAGGAAGAGGCCAGAUGGAGAUCCCUUCUCUAACCGCCUGGACCGAGUGUUUGAGCGAGAGGAGCGCAAGGAGCGUCGCAGUGUGCCAAGUGUGGUGACAGAGGACGCAGAAGUGACAAGGGAGUGUGAGGUCUCGCGACAGAGCAGCUGGAGUUCCUAUGAUAGUGCAGUGGUGUUGGGCGACCCCCGGGACUGUGUGAGUCGACAGAGCUCAUGGGGCUCAGGGGACACUCGGUGUUGUACGCUGCCCUCCAGGAACAGUUCUUGGGGCUCGUACGACAUGAGACCUACAGAGAACUGGGGCACAGUCAAGCGCACCAAGCAGAAACUGGAGGAGGGGAUAAUAGAUGUGAAAAGGGUGUGUCCGGAUAUAACUGUUCCGCUAGACAGUUCUGCCAAAGAGACUAAUGUAGUGGAAAUUAAAAACUCAGAAAAUUCUGUUCAUGUUACCAGGAGGUGUGUUUCGGUUGACGAAACUAAGAGCGAGACUUUUACCGAAAGUGGUCAAAAAAGUGUUCCGGGUUUAGUGCAGAAUCUGAAAAAAGAAUUUGAAGCCAAAUCGGUUUCUGGCAGUGCUAAAUGUGUGAAUGCAGAAGAAGGUAGUGCUGAACCUAAAACUGAAGAAAGUGGGAAAGUCAGGAGUCUUCCUUCCUCUCCUGUCAGUGAUAGGACAGAAAAACCUAGUCCUGCUACUUCCUUGGAAGAUUUGUCCGUUCGUAAACUCGUAGGAAAGUAUGAAGACAGACCAACUUUUCCCCAACCGCCCGUACCUCCGAGAAAAUCUAGUCUAGAUCCUCCACCGUUAGUGAUAAAACAUUCGACUCUCUUUGUGCAUAAUCUUAAAAAAGCGAGACAACCUAUAAAGACUUCAAUUCCUUCCCCCAAUGUUGUGGUAGCAACUGUUAAUGCCAAAGCUGCCAGCAAAAAGCAGCAACAAGGAAAAACGCAUCCUCUAGCCAGGUUAGCAUUAAACAAACAACGGCACAACAACCCUGUCUACAAUACGAUGUAAAGUUCCAUCAAGCUCUUUGUGAUCUAGUGUAAAAAGUAGACAGUUUCAAAAAUAUUUUUAACAAUCAUAAUUAUAUGAACCGUUCAUAAAAAUACUUUAUUUUUCUAUAUAUGUCGUAAUGAACAUUUUGCUUUAAUGGUGAAAUUCAUCAAUUGAAAUUUUAUUCACUGCUGACUCACUUAUCUGAUGUGUAAUUUUUUAAAAUUAUUUAAGUCAUUGAGGUUUUUUAUUUUGACUAACUGUUGCUACUUGAUUUUAAUAUACUGUGAUUCUGAUAAGUUACUGAUGAAUCUCUUUGUAAAUUAAUGGCUGAAGCCGUGUUAAUCUAGUCGCCAUUUAUAUAAGUAGGUACUCAACAUUCCGAGAGAAUGGGUGCACAGAUAAUAAAGAUGAUUCUGCUUUUGAGACAAUUGUUAGCUUUUAUUCUUUCAAAUGCUCAUUUUAUUAUUUUCUAAUUUUUCAUUUUUGUAUUGUUUGUAUAAAAGAAAAAUCUGUUAAGUUUUGCUCUCGGCUUUGUUUACUUUAUUUCUGUGCCUAGCUUUAUUGAGUGUACAUUUUUUGUAUUAUAGUUUGUAUUAAAAAAGUAAAGUGUUAUUGCUUACAA